CUGCUGCUCCCCUCGUAGACUCCUAUAACAUACCCACAUCGCCUCAUCUCCUCGUUCCCCUCUCCUCCUUCGUCUGCAGAAAUUCAAACAUGAGCGUCGCCGCCGCUGCUGCUGCCGCUGCUGCCUCUUCCUCUGCCGUUCCCGUCGAAGUCGUCGAGGAUGCCGAAGCGAACGCGGCGAUGAUCAGCAAUGAGGAGUACAAGAUCUGGAAGAAGAACUCGCCUUACCUCUACGACUUGGUUGUGACUCAUGCACUAGAGUGGCCUACUUUGACUUGUCAAUGGUUUCCGGAUCAGGAGCAACCUGCAGGAAGAACCUAUACCCAACAUCGUCUUCUCCUCGGCACCCACACCUCCGGGCAAGAUCAAAAUUACCUUCAAAUCGCCCAAGUCCAACUGCCCAAUCGCGUCGUUGAGCUGGACGAGCAAAAGUACGAUGAGGAAAAGGGUGAAAUCGGGUCCUAUGGUUCGAACAAUGCCCGAGUCAAGAUCAUUCAACAGAUUAACCAUGAUGGAGAGGUGAAUAGGGCGAGGUAUUGCCCACAAAAUAUUGACCUCAUUGCAACGAGGACCGUCAUGGGACCGACGUACAUCUUUGAUCGGACAAAGCAUAGCUCGCUGCCUAGUGCGGACGGGAAGUGUAAGCCGGAUAUGAUCUUGGUGGGACAGGAGAAGGAGGGAUAUGGUCUUGCUUGGAAUCCACUAAAGCAGGGCCACAUCCUUGCCGCUUCAGAAGACACGACGGUAUGCCACUGGGACAUCAACUCGUACAAAAAGGGCGACAAUACAAUCCAGCCAGUGCAGACCUACCGCGGUCACACGGCCAUUGUGGAAGACGUUGCUUGGCACAACUACCACGAGUCUCUCUUUGCCUCUGUGGGCGAUGAUCGUCAAUUGCUCCUUUGGGACACUCGCGGCAAGGCCGACGAGCCCAAGCAGCGCAUCGAAGCCCACGCAGGCGAAGUCAAUUCGGUCGUCUUCAGUCCGUCGAAUGAGUUUAUCCUCUGCACUGGCUCCAGCGACAAGACGGUAGCUCUAUGGGAUAUGCGCAACAUGAAGACGAAGCUGCACUCCCUCGAGGCACACACAGACGAGGUGCUCCAGCUGGCCUGGUCCCCUUUCCACCCUACUGUGCUAGCAAGCGCAGCAGCCGAUCGACGCGUAAUGCUCUGGGACCUGUCGCGCAUCGGUGAAGAGCAGACGCCCGAAGAUGCAGAGGAUGGACCACCCGAGCUCCUCUUUGUUCAUGGUGGACACACGGCGAGGACGACGGAUAUUUGCUGGAGUCCACAGGCAGAAUGGCACAUGGCGACAGCGGCAGAGGAUAAUAUCCUAAUGGCCUUUUGCCCUAGCUCGAAUGCUUUGGGAGAGGGAGACGAGGCGGAGGUGCCCGAGGAGGAGCUGGAGUGAGGCAAAAUUGCAGUUGCAGACUGUCUGUCUGAGUUCUCUUAGAGCAAUCCAAACAUAUCUGUGCAGUCGAUAGACACUAUCUGAGACAAAGAAUGCGAUGUGAUGUGGAACGAGGUAGCGAGGUUGAGGUCGAGGUCAU